CCCUCUCCAUACGUCAUAAUCCUACCUUAACACGUCAUUUGUAAAGGGACUUGCCACGUACUUGUCAAGUUUAGCCGGCCGGCCGGCUAGCAGUUGGUGUCUCGCAGAUGACGUUUGUGAAAGACUUUUGCGAUGUGAAUUGUAAUGGGGAGCCGUUAUGAAACCGGAAUGGAGUGUGGCCCGAAUGCCGGAGAUUCUUCGUCCAUCCUACUGACUGGCGGCUUCACACGAAUGAGACUAAAGACCUGAGGAGAGUCUUCAUCAUGGGCAGGAUAAGCUUUUCCUGCCUUUUUCCAGCGUCCUGGCAUUUUAGCCUGCCAUCCCAGAGCCUUCCUCGUCUCUUGCUUCCUUCAUCCAGGCAGCUGCUCUUCAUUGGCCUGCUCCUCUUUUUCUUGGGAGUGUGUUACCUGCUUCUGGUCACUGGAAAGUUGCCCGCCAGCUGGACCACAAAGGGAAACAGCUUCCACAGGCACUUGGCUCGGGUGUCGGACGUGGAUGCGACCGACGCAAGCAAUCCCGACCUGAGCUACGGCUUGGUGGUGGAUUGCGGCAGCAGUGGUUCCAGGGUUUACGUGUACUGCUGGCCCAGUCACAAUGGCAAUCCCCAUGAGCUCCUGGACAUUCGGCAAAUGAGGGAUCAAAAUGGCAAGUCGGUGGUCAUGAAGAUCAAACCAGGGAUUUCCAAGAUGGCUGAAACACCAGAGAAAGCCAGUGACUAUAUCCAUCCACUGCUGAGCUUUGCAGCUGAACAUAUUCCCAAAAAUAAGCACAUUGAAACACCGCUUUACAUCCUGUGCACAGCUGGAAUGAGAAUUCUGCCUGAGAGUCAGCAGGAGGCGAUUCUGGAAGAUUUGCGAACAGACAUCCCGGUGAACUUUGACUUCCUGUUCUCAGAUUCUCAUGUCGAAGUCAUUUCCGGAAAACUGGAAGGGGUCUACGCGUGGAUCGGAAUCAAUUUUGUCCUUGGAAAAUUUAAUCAUGCUCACAAUGAUGACGACGCUGUUGUCGAGGUCAAUAUCCCGGGCAGUGAUCACCAGGAGGCGCUAGUGAGAAAAAGGACUGCAGGUGUUUUGGACAUGGGCGGAGUUUCCACACAGAUAGCAUUUGAAGUGCCCAAAAGUGUAAGCUUUGCCUCUCCACAACAGGAGGAGGUGGCCAAGAAUUUACUGGCCGAAUUUAAUCUGGGAUGCGACGCCCAUCGCACUGAUCAUGUGUACCGCGUGUACGUGUCCACCUUCCUGGGUUUCGGAGGAAACGCGGCACGCCAAACAUACGAGGAGAGCCUCGUCAAAAACACCACCACUCGCAAUAAGCUGCUGGGUCAGCAUGUCGGCGAGAUGGCGGCGGCCCCCCUCCUGGACCCCUGCCUCCCCACGGACCUGCGGGACCAGAUCGGCUCCCCGGAACAGAAGCUCCACGUGCUGGGCACAGGCGACUUUGACCAGUGCAGACGCGCACUUCAACCCUUCCUCAACCGCACCAAUGAGACUCAAACGUCUCUGAACGGCGUUUUCCAGCCGCCCAUUGACUACAACAACAGCCAGUUCUUUGGUUUCUCUGAAUUCUAUUACUGCACAGAGGAUGUGCUGCGCAUGGGCGGAGACUACAACGCUUCCAAAUAUGCCCAAGCUGCAAAGAGUUACUGCGCCACCCAGUGGGGGACUCUGAGGGAACGCUUUGACGCCGGCUUAUUCGCUUCCCACGCCGAUCUCCACAGACUGCAGUAUCAGUGUUUUAAAUCGGCGUGGAUGUAUGAAGUAUUGCACUCAGGCUUCUCCUUCCCUCCUGACUAUAAAAACCUGAAAACAGCAUUUCUGGUUUACGAUAAGGAGGUCCAGUGGACUCUCGGAGCUAUUCUCUUCCGAACACGCUUUCUACCUUUGAGGGACAUCCAGCAGGAAAGUCUAAAAGGAUUACACUCCCACUGGCGCCACAGCUUCUCGUUUGUCAACAACCACUACUUAUUUCUGGUUUGUUUCUUCAUCGUCCUCCUGUCAAUCAUCUUGUACAUGCUGCGACUUCGCCGAAUCCACCGGCGCGCCGCGCAGCGCUGCUCGCCUUCCUCCGUGCCGUGGCUGGAGGAAGGCUUGGGAUCACCAACACUCCCCAUUCAUUUGUAAACUCUCGUCCACGUGCUCACCGUGUUGUAUUACGAGAAGUCUCUGGCACGAAGAUCCCGUGUGAGACUUGAGCUGAGGCCUUACUGAGCCACAAAAAUAUGUCGGCGCUACUGUAUUCAUAUCAUGCUAAAAACUUGGCAAAUAUUUUAUUUUUCUGCUGUCGAAAAUUUUAUUUUGUGGGCAUUCGCCUUGUUCUGCCUUUUUAAAGAGCUUUUUUUUUUUUUCCCACGUUUAUACAUUUAAUAGAAACUAAAUCCAUCUUUUAUGUGGCAGGAGCACUGGAUUGCACAUGAACAUCCUUAAAACCGCCCCUCCCGGUACAAUUGUAUGUGUGCACGUCAGAAUUUGAUGCAAUACUUGUGCAAUACAUGUCUUGUCACUGGCAGAGCCCUUCAAAUUGUUUUGUCUCAUUGUUGCUGUGAAAUGAUGUAAUUGAGGACUGGUGAGGCUAUUUUGGUGGGCUUCAUUUUCAGAAGCUGUCAUGAGGAUUUGUAAUGACCUGAUGCACGCAACAUGUUAUUUAUGCACAAUGUUUGUCAGGCUGCAGUAUGCUAAUAAAGCUUUGUGUUUUCUGACAAUUCUCUUGCCUGAUGAGCAAACAUCAGA